CUGCACUGGUGUUUCUUUAAGGCUGUGUGGGUCCAUCAGCGCCAGAUGUGUUCAGCUCCUCCCUGAAACAUUCCAGUAGAGCUCCGUCCCUCUCCCGGUCCCCCAGUCCUGCUCCAGCUCCCCUCCGCCGCGACCAGCUGAGUCCAGCUCUCCCGAUCCCUGCGCAGCAGACAUGAGGGCGCUCGUUUUGCUGCUGACCGCCGCCUGCCUGGCCGGGGCACAGCAUCAGGCCCUGAUCGACUACCUGGAGCGCAGGCUGCUGGCCAUCGAGGACCGCAUCACCCUGUGGCACGAGCAGACGACGCGCUACGCGGCGGAGCUCCGCGAGCUGAAGCAGCAGAUGGUGGCGCAGCUGGACAACCUGGACAAGGAGAAGGAGUCGCUGAGGCUGAACCUGGACGGCGUGGGCGCCCGCGUGGACCGCGUGGAGCGGGAGAUGGACUACAUGGAGACGCAGAACGGCGCCCCGCCCUGCGUGGACGUGGACGACAAGCUGGUGGAGCAGCAGGUGACCCAGGUGAAGGAGAGGAACAAGGCGCGCUACGCUCAGCUCUCAGACUGCAGCGAGAUGAUCUCCAGCAUCAAAGCCAUGAAGAUCGUGAAGAAGCUGGGAGGGCCGAAGGGCAUGUGGACCAAAGACGUGGGCGGGGCCUCGGGGAAGGUGUACGUCCUGAACGGCACGGACCAGGGCACCGUCUACGAGUUCGCCUCGCUGCAGGAUUUCACCGGCUCGCCCGACGACGCCUCCCUGGCCCGCGCCCUCAGCCUGCCGUCGCUGUGGCAGGGCACGGGCCACCUGGUGUACCAGCACCACCUGUACUACGUCAGCGACCAGCUGCGGGUGCUGAAAUACGACCUGAGGAACGCGUCGCUGGCGGACAGCGUGGUGUUCCCCGCCGCCGACCACGUGCCGGUGUACGGCCUGACCCCGGAGACGGUCAUCGACCUGGCGGUGGACGAGGAGGGGCUGUGGGUGGUCCACGCCACGCGCCGGAACCUCCCGCACAUCUCCCUCGCCAAGAUGGACGCCCGCACCCUCGACCUGGAGCAGAGCUGGGACACGCCCUGCCCCACGGAGAACGCCGAGGCGUCCUUCGUGAUCUGCGGCACGCUGUACGUGGUGUACAACACGCCGCAGCCGGGGCGCUCCCGCGUGCAGUGCGUGUUCGACGUCAACGGCCUGGUGAGCGGCGAGGAGGCCCCGCUCGUCUACUUCCCCAAGCGCUACGGCGCCCACUCCAGCCUCAAGUACAACCCCCGCGAGCAGCUGCUGUACGCCUGGGACGACGGCUACCAGAUGGUGUACCGGCUGGUGAUGAAGCCCAAGCUGGAGGUGUAGGAGGCGGGGGGGGCCGACCGCGAGCAGGGAGCAGCCGUGUGGUGGAGCUGUGUAGAAGCAGGCCUAGUUAACUCCCUCAGCUGUAGUUUCCUUUAGAGUUAAGUUAUGACUAAAGCCUCGAUGGGUUAUUAAAGUGUGUGACAGUUUGGCUUCAACCGUUUAUUGAGCCAUCUUUUGUUUGAUUGUUGAUUGUUUUGUUCUGUGUGUGAACGUGAGUGUGUGUUUGGGUGUGAAAGCGUGUGUGUGUGGGAGUAGUUUCUGCUCUUUUACUUUCUGUUCUGUCAUUUCAUGUGUAAUAAAGCAUAAUAGUGUCA